UCGAUUUUUGACAAUCGCGUUUGAGUGGACAAUUUCGGUACCUUUUAUCAGUGCUUUCGCUUUGAAUCCCUAAUAGAAUCGUGUGUAACCUUAUCCAUCGAGUGUAAUAGCCCCGCAGUAGAUACAAAUCGAACUAAUAUAGCUAUCAUUAGACGAGCAUGGCAGAAGGUACGUACGAAUACGAAUGCAUGCGGGCAGAACUGCUGGGAAUUGAAAAACCCAGCCGUGAAGAAUUUGAAGAGAAGAUGAGACUCCAAAAGGAAGCGGAGCAGGAAGAGCAACUGACCGAACAAUUGAAGGAGGUUGACCUGAACGAUGAGCAAAUGCAAGGUGCAGCCGGUAAAAUGGAUGAACUAAAUAACAUACUCUCAAUCACCCAGCAGCGAAUAAACAAGUUUAAGACGGCUUGUGGCAGCUUAACAAACCUGCUGAAGUUCCGGCCCGGCACACCAAGUGAAGGCAAUUCCGCGAAUGAUUCCACCAAUGGAGCAGAUUCGAAUGAUAUAAACUCCGCAUUGGAUGCACUGGAUACCAUGAAAGAUGUGGAGAACGCCAGUGAUGCCAAGGUUGCCAAGACCGCAGCGAUGGAUCUCGGUCAAAAAAUGACCUGUCAGUUGGAUAAACUCGACUCCUUGCUGAACAAGGCGGACAAUGCCACGUACUCAAUGAAACACCAAACAGAUCAAAUGAAAAAGAUUGCUAAGUAAAAACGUAAGCUUCAACACUAUGCCAAACACAAAACAAAACUUCUACUCUUAACAAUGCAAUGCGCUUAUGUAAAUCUAACUCUCUCUUUCAUAUUGGCUGUUUUAAUCAGAAAUGACUCAAUCAAAAGUCUGCUUAGUGUUUACCCAGUAUUAUUUAGCUUAUAAGCAGACUUGACUAGAUUCAAAAUCAAGUUAGUGCUUUUGUGAACACAUCUUGCGAAUAAAACAUCUAUCGUUUGUUUAUUGCUGUCUUCCAAAUAGAGCAACUAAUACCAUUAGUUUGAUGAGCACAAUAAUGAAAGUGGUACCUAUAAUGGAAUUUACGUAAACUCUUGGAAUCUAUGUAGAAGGAAAAUAAUAACGUUGGAAGAGUGAUACAACUCCGAAUCAGUAUGUGAUAAUAGUUUGCACCACACGAGUACAUUGUAUUGUACGAAAAAUCAAAAGACAGUUGAACGAAAUUACAAACAUUUUUCUCAAGUUUUUUGUAGUUUCUUAUAAGUAGUGCUACGUGUUGAUGUUGUCGUUGUUUUAAGCUGCAUAUGAAAUAAAACAAUAUAAUUAUACAUAACAACGAAUAUAUGAAUAGCGGAAGAUUUACAUAUGGGAAAUAAACAAUCCUUAUUGAAAAUA